AUGCUCCCAAGGGGUACAAGGUGCUUCUCGACGACCUCGUCUACACUCUCUGCAGCUUCGAAAGCGAGAAAGGCGAUCCCGCUCUACCUUCGACCCCGAGCUUCGCAAUCAGCUCCUAAACCCCAUCCCGUCCAUCCGAGCCCAUCCGAGCUACCCCCGCCGCCACCCCUCAACCAGGAUGGGUCUUCGAAGCUGUUGAUGAGUCCCAAGGAGAAGGGCAAGAAAAGGGAGGAAGGUCUCGAGGCGCUCAAGCUCAACAAUUGGGCCGAACCGCCUUUGGUAGCACAGGCCAGGGCGAAGACGGUCAAACAGAGGAACGUGUGGGAGUCUUAUUUGGGUCAGUCUAACACCGAAUGAAUUCAUUCUUGCUGUCGACGAGCUGACGACCAUAAUCUCAGUCCUACCGCCGAGAACAAGGCUCUACAUCUCGCUCGGUGUUUUCGUCUUUGCCUUGAUCGGCCUCUACGGCGGCGACUAUCUCGUACCCGAGACCGAGGUCGAACGCAACACGAGGAUACGUAAAGAAGAGCUGCUACAAGCACGACAAGCGGCGGCGGCAGCGGCGGAAGAAGGCAAAGAUGGCGGUACACCACAGGUCGCCUAG